CAUUGUCGAUCAUGUUUUUGUGCAUUGAAGAGCGAGAGAUGGAAGUUGCAAUGAAGUACCUCUGCAUUCUUGGAUUGCUUGUGGUUGCCAGUAUCGCUGGGUUGGAGAGGGCCAAUGGAGCUGGGGAAUGUGGGAAGGUUCCUGUGAACAGAAUGGCCUUUCGGAUGGCUCCGUGUGCAUCAGCAUCACAAGAUGCCGAGGCCCAGGUUUCGAGUACGUGCUGUGCAGAGGUGCAGAAGCUAGGCCAGAACCCAAGUUGCCUCUGUGCUGUUAUGCUGUCGGAUACUGCAAAGAGUGCCGGAGUCAAGCCUGAAGUAGCAAUCACAAUUCCCAAGCGGUGCAACCUGGCAGAUCGCCCUGUGGGAUACAAAUGUGGUGCGUAUACCGUGCCUUGAAGAACAGAGGGUUGAAGGAAGACUGGCGACCGCUACUAGUAGCUUCUGGAGUAAUGCCUAUGAUGCUGUAGCUCCUGUUGGCAUAAAUAUGAUGUUGAAAAUGCCAUAUGGUGUCAGACUUGGUGUAUGGACAUAGUAAAUAAAUGGUUGCUUGCUGUGUUGAGACUCGAGAGUAGUCUUGGCUCUUGUUCUGGUGAUGAAGUUGUUCAAUUUUAUCAUCGUGUUAUGAAAUAAAUGCAUCUAAGUUCUGUUUCAA